AUGCAGGCAUACAAGCCCGGUACAGCCUACGACGCCAUAGCGGAGGUCUACGAGGCCGUGAAGGUCUGUGACUCCCAGAAGGUGUGUGACUCCCAGAAGGUGUGUGACUCCCAGAAGGUGUGUGACUCAGUGAAGGUGUACGACUCAGUGGUGGUCUACGAACCCGUGAAGCUCUACGAGCCGUUGAAUGCAACGAGCGUGUAUGCUGAGCCAAGCAGGAGCUGUGACUCGAGUAAAGUGUAUGAACCGACUAAGGUUCACGAAUCGGCUAAGACCUGUGAACCGGCUGGGGUUUAUGAGCCGACGAAAGUCUACGCAUCGACGAGUGUGAGCGAAAAGACGAAUGCGUAUGAGCAAGUGCGCAGGGUGUAUGAGGCAACGAAGCCUCAGGCCGCCGUCGUGCAAGAGCUGAGGAGUGCAGAGUCGAGGGUUCCCGAGCCGGAUGGAAGGCCCCUUUCGACUAGGCCGCAGUUCGCUGCGCCCAGGUCUCUGGAAGCCGCGGGGUCUUUCCGAUCGGCUGAGAAGAUGCCUGGGAGCGCGGAGCGAUUGAUGGCUGUACAACGGCCCUUCUCGGGCAGUCGGCGUGUUCCUACGGAGGCUAUCUCGGCAGGGAGUUACCGGCCCAAAGAGAUCAAGUCCUCGGGCGACAUCAAGUACGUGCCCAAGUCGGCUGGGGAGAUUAAUUACGUGGGAGAAGAGCCCAUGUGCGCCGGAGAGAUAAAGUACGUGGGAGACUCCAAGUCGGUUAGAGAGGUGAAGUACGUGGGAGAACCUAAGUCGGCUCCAGCAUCCAGGUACGCGGGAGAGAUGAAGAGCAAAAGCUACAGCCGCGACGAGGCGGGUGUGAAAGCGCGGCUAAGUCUGGAUCGUGUGUCGGAGCACCGGAGUGUCUGCUCCCAGUCGGUGGCCCCGGCGCCUUCGCCGUUAGCGCGGUUUUCUCGCAUCGCGCUCGGUCGUGAGUCCGAGCCCGCACAACCGGCGACUGACAACAAGCAGGCACCCCUCCAGACUUGGACCCGCCACGAGGCAAGGCCGACAUCGGAGGUGAGGCCGGAGGUGAGGCCGGAUGUGAGACCGGAGGCGAGAUCGGAGGCGAGAUCGGAGGUGAGAUCAGAGGUGAGAUCAGAGGCGAGAUCGGAGGUGGGAUCGGAAGUGAUGCCGUAUUUGCAGGACAGUAGUGUCAGCGUAACACUCAGAGAUGACCGGAGCGGCCGGGAGUACACGGAACGCAGGGAGUACACAACGCUCCGGGGUCCUGCAGGCGGCAGCCUGACAAGGGAAGCUGGAAUCAGUCCUAGACGGGACACCAUGAUCACAAUCAGCAUCCCCAGCGAUGGUUCGAAUCCCGUGGUUGCCAUCACUUACUACCAAGGCCGGGGUUUUGACCAUCCGUCCUGGGGCUCUCACGACUGGGCUCCUCACGACUGGGCCUCCUACAGCUAA